UACUCUAGAGCCGAAUAUUAAAGCACGCUGGUGACUUGGCAGCAGCAGCUGCAUUGGCUGAUGAAGCUAGGUGUAUGGAUCUUGCAGAUCGAUAUCUUAAUAGUAAAUGUGUGAAGCGUAUGUUGGAGGCUGACCAGGUUGCAUUGGCUGAAAAGACAGCAGUAUUAUUCACAAAAGACGGCGAUCAGCACAAUAAUCUUUAUGAUAUGCAGUGCAUGUGGUAUGAACUAGCAUCUGGGGAAAGCUAUCUGCGGCAAGGUGACUUAGGGCGAGCUUUGAAGAAAUUUCUAGCUGUGGAAAAACAUUAUUUGGAUAUCACUGAAGACCAAUUUGAUUUUCAUUCCUAUUGCUUAAGGAAAAUGACACUUAGAACGUAUGUGGAAAUGCUGAAGCUUCAAGAUCGGCUCCACUCAUAUGCUUAUUUUCAAAAAGCAGCUUCUGGUGUGAUAAGAUGCUACUUGAGGCUGUAUGAUUUUCCAUUGAAACCAACAACUGAAGAAGAUGAUGAAUUGUCAAAGCUUCCAUCAUCUCAGAAAAAGAAACUAAGGCAAAAACAGAGGAAAGCUGAAGCACGAGCUAAGAAAGAGGCAGUGGUGAAAAGUGAUGAAUCCAGUGCUACAUGUGUAUCGAAGUUAGGAAAGCGUCAGGCGAAGGUAGUUGAUUCUGAUCCAAAUGGAGAACAGUUGUUGCAGGUAGAAGAUCCUCUGAUGGAAGCUACAAAAUAUUUAAAGCUUCUGCAAAAACAUUCCCCUGAUUCCUCUGAAACACAUUUGCUUUCUUUUGAAGUAAAUAUAAGGAAACAGAGAAUUUUGCUUGCUUUAAAGGCCGUAAAGCAUCUAGUACGGUUAGAUGCUGAUAGUCCCGAUUCACAUCGCUGCAUGAUAAAAUUCUUUCACAAGGCAGGAUCUUUGUCUGCUCCAGUUACUGAUGAUGAAAGGCUUGUAUUAGAGAUUGUGAAAGCAGAGCGACUUACCUUUAGUCGGCUGGAGGGGAAGACUUUAAUUGAUGCAAACCAUGUAUUCCUUGAAACGCAUAAAGAUUCAUUGAUUCAUAGGGCUGCUGUAGCGGAGUUGCUGCAUGUCCUAGAGCCAAAUAAGAAGGCAGAUGCUGUUAAGUUAAUUGAAGAGUCUUCAAAUGGUCCAGUUUCAGUUAGAAAUGGAGUACAAGGGUCAUUAAUUAAUUGGAAGCUGAAAGAUUGCAUUGAUGUCCACAAAUGUCUAGAUAUAGCUCUGGAUGAACGUGAUGCUGCAUUGAG